UGUCUCUGCGGUGAGCUCGUCGGUCGUGAGCAGGUGUGAAUACAAAACAUUGUUAUAAUAUUUUAAUUAUUGUUUUAUUUUAUUGAAAUAUUUUCUUUAUAACCGUUACGUUUUUAUAUCUGUAUAAUUUUUACAUGUUAAAGAUAUGUAGAACGGUUAGUGUUUUUUAUUUUAACUAUAAUAUUCUGUUGAAGUAAUAUUAUUAUUCAAUUUGUGAUUGUGUGUAUGAUUUACUACUGUGUGGUUUUUGUUUUAUAGUAAUAAUAAUUAAAAUAAAUAUCAUCAGUUAUUGACAUUUGAGAUCAAUGUUUGAUAUAUAACAUAAUUUAUUAAUUUCGAACACACCAAGCUGAUUUUACUACAAUGCCAGCUGAAGAUGAUUCUUCCCUUUUGUCAGACAUCUGUAUUGGUUGUGACUGGCUUGCUGCUGAACUAUCAUCUAGUAACAAAUCUCAGAUGUUGAUAUUGGACUGUCGCAGUUCAAUGGAUUUCUCUGACUGUCACAUACGUGAUGCUGUCAAUUUCAGUAUACCAACCAUAAUGUUAAGGAGAUUAGCUGCUGGUAAAAUUGAUUUAGCAUCUACGGUCAAGUGUUCAGAUCUUAGAGAACAAAUAGUGAAUGCAUACAAGCAAAGUAUAUUUAUUCUAUAUGGUGAUGAAUGUUUAAAAGAUCGUAAAAAUACUUCACCAGAGUCUGAUACGAUGAUUGUGUUGGCUAAGAGAUUGCUUAAAGAUGGAUGUAAAGUGCACUGUUUGGAUGAGAGAUUUGAUAUCUUCCAGCAGUCUUACCCCGAAUGGUGCGAGUCGUUCUUGGAACGAUGUGCCCGAGCUAACGACGACAUGACCGGUUACAUCGGCGACACCGACACCCUAAUGGGACUUCGGUCGUUGCACAUCACCCCGUCGUUGGUACCUCUCACCCGAAACGCCCGCCGUCAGCACCAACUCAUGUCUGCGUUGAGCACGUCACCCGAGAGCUCCGGCGGGUCUGACAUUGACAGCUUGUCGGACGUAGACAGCUCUAGUUCAAUAUUGGGCUUCGACGAAGACCGCGACUUCCCCGUCGAGAUACUACCUGACCUAUUCUUAGGUAACGCAGCCAACUCCGAAGACUUGGAAUGGCUGAAGAAACACAGGAUAGAAUACAUACUUAACGUGACGUCGGAUUUGCCGAAUACGUUUGAAGAACAAGGGUCCAUAAAGUACAUGCAGAUACCAAUAUCCGAUCACAUCGGACAAAAUCUUGCCGGCUUUUUCCCUCAAGCAAUAGAAUUCAUAGAUAACGGUCGAUCACAACAGAAAGGUGUUCUUGUGCACUGUCUUGCUGGCAUAUCACGUUCAGUUACUGUCAUGCUAGCGUAUCUGAUGGCUCAUCGGCAGCUUACUUUGAAUGAGGCAUAUAAUAUGGUCUUGAAACGAAAAACCAACAUAGAUCCAAACUUCCAUUUUAUGCAGCAGCUACACUCCUUUGAAAAACAGUUACUUGAUGCAAGAACUCAGCCAAAACAAAUAACCAGUACACCAGCAUCAUCUGCGUCCAGCUACUUAAGUCCAUUGUCAACGGCCGUACAAAGCCCUGAUAGUGGCAUAGAAUUUGAUAGGUGGACCCCGGGUACUGGAGGAUGAGAAACGUUUGAGGGUGAUCAGCAAUCGCCCCAAACAAAGUAUUGCUUUUGACAAGUGCCUUUUCAUUUAUAAUUGUCCUAUCACUUUCAUUUCCUAAAUUUUUAUUUUAUAUAGAUCUUAAGAUAUUUAAAUGCUGUUAAGUUGUAUAGGAAUACAUAUUAUAGUGUUUUUUAAUGUCA